AUGUGCUAUCCCAAGUGCACUGGGCAGUAUCCGGCUGUGAGCGGAGCUCUCAUGGAUUCUCCGUACAACGGCAAUGCGUCGCUCCAGACCUCCACAUCCAACCUCAACACAGCCUGCUCCAGGCCGUCAGAAGCAGAGGAUGAUGGGAAGGUGAACAGUGACACUAUCUGGCUGUGGGUGGCUGUUCUGGCCACUAUCGGGAACAUAGUAGUGGUGGCUGUUGUCUGUGCCUGUGCCUUCUGA